CUCAAAAUGAGACUGAUAAGAAAUUUUGUAUAUAAUUUGCACAGAUCGAAGAGAGUCUUCAGUCUUGUGAGAUCAAUUGAAGAAUAAUCAUCCAAAAAUAAAAACAAGGAAUUAAAUUAGAAUAAGUAUAUUCUGGACAAAAUGAAAAUAUUGCUGACAUUUUUAGUCACAGCUGCAUUAGCACAUGCUGAUGUAGAUAAUAAGUAUGGAACGGAUUUUAACAAUUACUUUCUCUCUAUUCAUGAUAGGCACUACUCGCAACAUCAAACAUCUGUAAAUGCUGCCCGUCAAGGCAUGCAAGAAAGAUUAUCAAAAUUAGACAGUCAAAAUGUUUAUCAACGACAAUAUGGUGCAAGUGAUGCUUAUACUGCUGGAUGCACAACUGGAUGUUCAACUGGCUCAUCAUCUGCAUAUAAUUCAAGAUCGUCAUCAAGUUUAAACUCCCAACGAAGCAGUGCAAGUGGUCUUGAGAAUUCAGAUUAUGUAGGCGUGGGAAUUGUUUCUCAUGGACAAGUAGCUGACGAAAAUGACUUACAGCAACGUGUUUCUGCCAGAUUUUCAUCAGCAAGUGACCACGAAGCUGAUGAUUUACAGCAAAGAGUAGUCCCUGGAGAUUUGAGUAAUGUUCAGUCAGCAGCUUACCGUUCAAAGUCAAGAAGUAGUCGUAGAGAAGAAGAGGAGGAGGAAGAGGAAGAAGAUUUACAAACAAAUGUUGGUGCUGGGUACCAUGACUUGUCAGUUAACAAUGAUAGAUAUACUGAGUCACAAAGAAGAUUACAGCAACAGCAACAACAAAGAGAAUCAGAAUCGAGAGUGACUGGAGGUGGAAGAACAUCUCAAGUUUAUUAUGCUCCCGGAGGUUCAGCAUCGACAUCAUACAGAUCAUCAGCACAAAAUUCAGAAGCACAAUACAGUGAAACAAGAACACAAAAGCCAGUUCCAGUUGGACAAUAUGUAAGCAUGGGUGUUCGUCCUGGAACAUCUACAGUUUUGACAAUUCCAGUCAGUGCUCAAGAUCAAAGCCAACAACGUGUUUAUGCAAGCAACAGACAAGGAUAUCAAGCUGUGACAGAAUCAAGCAGAAGCAGAGUUCAACCAGGUUAUCAAAUUAAUUACUAUCCAUCAUAUGCAUCAGACAGAACAUCAACAUCAUCCGGAUCGAGAGUUGAGACAGCAACACAAAGAAUUGUAGCAUAUCAACCUGAAAAACUCACAACAGCUGGCUAUUCAAGAUCAAGAUACAAUGACGAAGAAAUAGAGGAAGAAGAUGAAGAAGAUACACAACAAAGAGUUCAACAGGCAAACAUUAAUUCACGUCAAUCCUCAACAUCUGGUGGAUCAACAAAUUAUCAACAAAGUUAUACCGGGAGAGUAGUUCCAAUCGUUCCAAUUCAUACAGUUGAGUCAACAUCAUCACAAAGAACAAAUGAAGAUCAAAGAAGAUAUUAUCAAGCACGUCCAGCCUAUAGUCAAAGAGUUGCAUCAAGUAGAAAUGAAAAUGAACAAGCAAGUGGCAGCAGUUCUCAAUACACAAGUGUAAAUCGUCCAGUAGUCACAUCAAGCCGUAUUUCAGGAACUGAUGGAUCUCAAUAUGGAAGCAGUGGAGUCACAUACUACACAGCUCCAGUUGCAUCACAAUCACGAGUUCAAAUGCAAGCACAAAACCAACAAGCUCAAUCACAAUAUCAGGCUGGAACUGCUGCUCAAACUCAAUACACAGCUGGAAGUGCUGCACAAAAUCAAUUUGCUUCAGGAAGUUCAGCACAAAAUCAAUACGCUGCUGGAACUGGAUCAAGAACAAGUGGAUAUGGAUAUCAAGCAUAUCCACAAUCGAGAUUCUCAGGCACUCAACGUGGAUCAGCAAGCUCAGUUAAUCAACGAUACAAUGCACAAGCUGUUAAUGCUAAUUCCGAUGAUUUAGUAACAUACAUGUCAGAAAGUGAGAAGUUAGCUAGAGAACAACAAAGACAGGUUGCAGGAUCUCAAACUAGUUCAUCCCAACUUACAGCUUCCGAGGCUAAUAGACGUACAGUAAAUACAGCAAACACUCUUGAUACAGCAGCCGCAAACUUUGUUGGAUCAACGAAUUUGCAAAGUAGAUUAAAUGAUUUUGACAAUGUUGAAAGCCUUGGUGGAACUGGUGGAUUUAAGCGCGUCAAGUCAUGGCAAAAACAAUCAAAAUGGGCAAGCGGUUCGGAAUAUGACAGUGAGGGCAAAAUUAAAAGCCAUUCAAUGCUCAGCACAGCAGAAGCAGAGAAGCAUAACAUUAAUGGUGCCGAGACUGGCUACAAAGCAGCAACAACAACAUUAGAAAAUGAUGGAAAAGUCUCAACAUAUUCUAUUCAUACACCUUAGACAUAAAAUUUAUGUCUUGACCCCUAAUUUUUGAUUAACUCUCCAAAUUAAUUAGUUACUACUUAGUGCUAGAUAUACGAAAAAAAUUUAUGUGAAUAUGCAUUUCUAGAUGGAACAAGUAUGGCUAUGCACCAUUUGUGAAAAAAGUUUAAUUUAUGAGCGCAUUUUUCAUUAAUUUCAUUCUUUUAGAUUUAAAAAAAUUUUAUAGGAGUGGUUUUGGAUGGGCGUUUGGAGGAGUUUCAUUUUUAAUUUUUAUGGCUUUUGUAUUUUUCUGUUUAUGGAUGUUUUGAUAGUGAGUCGAAUAAAAAACUUGAAAUACUCAAUAGAAUUUGAUUUUUUAAA